AUGAGGCGCUUGAAUCUGGAGCUGAAGUUGGCGCCGAUCCUGUUGCUUCUUAUAUGUGCUACCAUCACAACUAAGGCAUUUGCUACUGAAGAUGGUUAUAAGAAGUGUGAACUUACUGUCAAGAAGUGGGCAUUCUCUUCCCAUGAUUCUGAAAUUAAAGAUGACAAACAUGCAUUGCGCGACUUGCUUUUUUUCCUUCAUGUACCUCGGACAGGAGGGCGAACUUAUUUCCAUUGUUUCUUGAAGAAGUUAUAUGCAAAUGCCCAAGAAUGUCCUCGCUCUUAUGAUAAGUUAAGGUUUAAUCCAAGAAAAUCAAACUGCCGGUUAUUAAGUACACAUGAUGACUAUAGCAUGAUGGUCAAACUUCCCAAGGAGCAAACUUCAGUGGUUACAAUACUUAGAAACCCUAUUGACCGUGUCUUUAGCACUUACGAAUUUUCAGUGGAGGUAGCAGCUAGGUUUUUGAUACACCGUGAUUUAAUAUCUCUAUCAAGAAUGGCGAAACGUGCACGUAUGAAGGCAGGUGGAGUAAGCACACUGGAUAUCUGGCCAUGGAAAUAUUUGGUCCCUUGGAUGAGAGAAGAUCUAUUUGCUCGAAGGGAUGAUAGAAUUAGCAAAGGCCAAUCUUAUAUCACAAGUAAUGACUCAUACGAUAUGGAAGAAAUUUUGAUGCCUCUACGUGAUUAUAUUAAUGAUCCUAUUGCUCGAGACAUCAUCCACAAUGGGGCCACGUUCCAGAUUGCAGGACUUACAAACAACUCUUAUAUAGCCGAAUCACAUGAAGUGCGCCAUUGUGUACUAAAGUAUCAGAGUCUUGGUCAAUAUGUGCUUGAAGUUGUGAAGAAGAGAUUGGAUAGUAUGUUGUAUGUCGGACUUACUGAGAAUCAUAGAGAGUCAGCCACUUUGUUCGCAAAUUUAGUUGGUGCGCAGGUGGUAGCUCAGUUGACAAAAUCAAGCUCCAGUUCAGAUUCUGCCAUUGAUAAUGGUUCAGAACAGAAAUCCUUGCUUCCGAAUUCCACGUCCGAUGCAAAUCAUCAAGAAAACAACGCUUACAGAAAGCUAAAGAAAGUAUCAUCAGCUAGUAAGGAUGAAGCAGCAAAUAUUAAUAUGGAUGCUGGAAAACUUAUGGAAGCAUAUGAGUCCUGCAUUUCAAGCUUACGGAGCUCCCAAUCAGAGCGACGCGCAAAAUCUUUGAAAAGAAUUUCUCCUGCAAACUUUACGAAAGAGGCUCGUCGUAAGGUACCGGAACUGCUUCUCCAGGAAAUUACAUCACUGAACAGCCUAGAUAUGCAACUGUAUAGUUAUGCUCAGGACAUCUUUGCGAAGCAACAGGCUGAAUACCACGUCUUAUAA